GCUUUCUGGCCGGAUGUGUCCUGAGACCCGAGACGCCGAGGGGCCCUGGGUGCUGGCAGUUGGCAGAAGUGGGCUGUGACAGAUAAAGAAAUGGAGCCCCAAGCAGUUAGCUGAAUUACCUGAGGCCAGACUAGCAAGUGGCAGAGCCAGGAUCUGAACUCAGGAGCUGCUUGAAGAUGCUGGUCCCCCUCUUGCUGCUGCUGCUGCUCCUGCUGCUGCCAUUGGCCUUGCUCAGGCAGCCACGAUCCCAGGAUGCCAGCCUAUGCUGGCUUGCCAGGCUCCAGCACCGUGUGGCAUGGGGGGCCCUGGGCUGGGCAGCCGCUUGGCAGCAGCGGAGACUGGAGCAGAGCACACGACACAUGGGCCAGAGCCAGCAGCAGGCCCUGAGGUGGUGUCUGCAGGGAGCCCAGCGCCCCCACUGCCCACUCAGGGGGAGCACAGAUACAAGCACCUUCCGGAAUCAACUCCCUCUGACCAAGAUCAGCCAGGCCCAGGAGGAAGAGAGUGGGGAGCAGCUUACGCCCCCUACCUCAAACCAGUACCAUGGCGAGGCCUUUCUGCAGGCCACCUUGCUGGGCCUGGCAGCCCUCAAAAAGGCCUACCCAGAGGUGGUAUCUCCCGGAAGCACUGCUCGUGUGACCCCUACCUCCCCCUGGCCCAGCCCCCUCCCCUGGCCUGGGCAUGCCCUGGGCCAGGCUAGUCCCCCUGGCGCCAGGGACCCUGGGGCCCUGCUGCUAGAGGCACUGAGGUGCCCUGGGCUGAGGGGACUGGAGGCCGGGACUGCGGCUGAACUGAUGGACGUCUUCUCUGGCCUGGAGGCCGAUGGUGAAGAGCUGGCUGAGGCAGUAGCUACAGGGAACCCAGGAGCGCCUCUCCCCAGACGGGCAGCUGAGCUGCGGGAGGCCCUGGAGCAGGGACCCCGAGGACUGGCCCUUCGACUCUGGCCAAAGCUGCAGGUGGUGGUGACUCUGGACUCAGGAGGUCAGACCGAGGCUGUGGCUGCCCUGGGGGCCUUAUGGUGCCAAGGGCUAGCCUUCUUCUCACCUGCUUAUGCUGCCUCUGGAGGGGUGGUGGGCCUGAACCUGUGGCCAGAGCAGCCCCGUGGGCUCUACCUUCUGCCCCCCGGGGCUCCCUUCAUUGAGCUGCUCCCAGUCAACGAGGGGGCCCAGGAGGAGGCUGCUUCCACCCUCCUGUUGGCCGAGGCCCAGAAGGACAUGGAGUAUGAGCUGGUGCUGACUGACCAUACCAGGCUUACCAGGUGCCAGCUGGGCGAUGUGGUCCAGGUGGUUGGUGCCUACAACCAGUGUCCAGUUGUCAGAUUUGUCUGCAGGCUGGGCCAGGCCCUGAGCGUGCGUGGGGAAGAUAUUGGUGAGGACGUGUUCUCUGAGGCUCUGGGCCGGGCAGUGGGGCAAUGGCCGGGGGCCAAGCUGUUGGACCAUGUCUGUGUAGAGAGCAGCAUUCUGGAUUCUUCAGAGGGCUCUGCGCCCCACUAUGAGGUGUUUGUGGAGCUGAGGGGGCUGAGGAACCUGUCGGAGGAAAAUCGAGACAAGCUUGACCACUGUCUUCAGGAAGCCUCUCCUCAUUACAAGUCUCUGCGGUUCCGGGGCAGCGUGGGCCCUGCCAGAGUCCACCUCGUGGGACAUGGGGCCUUCAGAGCACUCCGGGCAGCCCUCGCUGCCUCGCCCUCCUCCCCCUUCCCUCCUGAGAUGCCCCGGGUCCUUAGACACAGACACCUGGCCCAGUUCCUGCAGAGGAGGGUGGUGUCCUGAGCCAGGCCUACCCACUGCCCGUCUCCCCUCAGAAGCCGCAUCGCUCUUUCCUCUGGGGCCUCUCCGGAUGGGGCAGUGGAAGGAGCUCUUGGCUGGGCUCUCUGACUCUGAGUCACCUGACAGUUACCCAUCAGAGCCACUGGGCCUGAGGGAGGCCUAACCUAGUUGGGCAGUUCUGAGGCAUAGGCUUUGGGGUGGAGCAGAUGCCAGCAGUACCCUGCUCAUAUUCCCCUCAGCCCACCGGGUAGACACUACUAGGGAGUUCCCACGCACACUGUGGCUUCCUAUGUCUCUCAGCCUGAGGGUGUUCUCUGGCCACAGUUGUGGGCUUGGCCAGUGCACUGGGCCGACUGGAGGUGUUAGGCAGUUGACGCCCCCAGAAGUAGCCCUCAGUCAGUAAGGAAAGGGAGCUGGUGAAUAAAGACUCUUAAUGGGACAAUUCUGAAGUAUAUUCUAUGUGGUCUCUUAGAGGGUCCCCAGCAGACACGAGCCCCAGUUGCCCAGGGCAGUAACCCACUCACUAAUACACUCUUCACUGGUUUCCUCCCUUCCCUGUCUCACUUCCCUACUCUCUCACUGUGUUUCCUCCCUUCUCUGUCUCACUUCCCUACUCUCUCACUGUGUUUCCUGGGAUUAC